UAAAAUGUCAACAAUAUUUUGUGAAAUAGUCGUUGAAGAGCAUUUAAAACUCCAAAAAUGAAGUCGUACUUAGUACUAGUUUGUAGCGCUCUUCUUGUUGGAGGGUUCUGUGUUGUGUUCGCUGCACCCAGCGGAAACACAAACGCUGGGGAACCUGCUCCGGGUCCUUUGAUUUUCCCACCGUACAGCUUUAAUCCUCCAAGAAUUCCAAAGUCAAUUCCCAACGUAGAGGAAACGUCCGAAAGCAUCAGCGAGUCGGCCUCGGACAGCGAUUCGUCCUCGGACAGCGAUUCGUCCUCUGACAGCGAUAGUAGCAGUAGCGAGUCUUCAUCGGAAGAAAAUGAUGGCGUAAAACCUGAAGGACGUACCUUGUUUCUCAUCCUACGCCUAUUGCAAUUGCUCUCACAACAGAACUCCACCUCUUCAGGCUAAGCUAUAGAGCGUGUGCUCUGCUGAAACUAUUAUUUUAUAUAUUGUUCAGAUAUUUCAAGAUUUUCACUUAAUAAAUUUUCACUAAAUAAUUA